UUAGUCUUCCACCUCAGGUUUUUAUCAUUUUUUUCGCUCCCACCUCCACAUUCACAAAAAUGGCGUCCCAACCUCAUGACUCAGUUUCCAAGCAAAUGAAUGUCGAUACUGACAUCAUCACCUUAUCCAGAUUUAUCAUCCAGGAACAAAUAAAGUUGGCCCCUCAGGCCACCGGGGAAUUGUCCUUGUUAUUAAAUGCCUUACAAUUCGCCUUUAAGUUCAUUGCCCACAACAUCAGAAGAGCCGAAUUGGUCAACUUGAUUGGUGUUAGUGGCUCCGCCAAUUCCACCGGAGAUGUGCAAAAAAAGUUGGAUGUAAUUGGUGACGAAAUUUUCAUCAACGCCAUGAAGUCCUCGGGAAUGGUUAAAAUCCUCGUGUCGGAAGAACAGGAAGACUUGAUUGUGUUUGAAGGUGGUGGAAAGUACGCCGUGUGCACCGAUCCCAUCGAUGGGUCUUCCAACAUCGACGCUGGAGUAUCUGUUGGUACGAUUUUUGGAAUCUACCGGUUAAAAGAUGAUUCCAAAGGCUCAAUUAAGGAUGUUUUGAGACAGGGUACAGAAAUGGUCGCAGCAGGAUACACCAUGUACGGGGCCUCGGCACAUUUGAUGUUGACCACCGGUGAUGGGGUCAAUGGGUUCACGUUGGACUCAAAUUUGGGUGAGUUUAUCUUGACUCAGCCCAAAUUGACUAUUCCUCACUCCAGAGCCAUCUACUCCGUCAACGAAGGUAACUCGUUGUACUGGCCCGACUAUAUCAAAAGGUAUCUUAGUGACUUGAAGGAAAUUCAGGAGAAUGGUAAGCCCUACUCAGCAAGAUACAUUGGGUCCAUGGUGGCUGAUAUCCACAGAACCUUGUUGUACGGAGGAAUCUUUGCUUAUCCUGCUGACAAGAAGCUGAAGAACGGGAAGUUGAGAAUCUUGUAUGAGUGUUUCCCAAUGGCCAUGUUAGUGGAACAGGCUGGAGGUAAGGCUGUUAACGAUAAGGGAGAGCGGAUCUUGGAGAUCUUACCCAAGGGAAUCCACGAUAAGAGUGGUAUUUGGUUGGGUUCAACCGGUGAGGUCGACAAGUUUGUUUCUUAUAUCGAGUAGACGGACGUUGAGUAGACGAUUGUCUGGGUAGCUGAUGAUGUACGAUUAGAAUACACAAUUAUGAAUAAUUA